AUGGAAACGUGUCCUCCGUGCCCCACAGCUUACACCACAACGUAUGUGACUCUGACAGUAUCACAAAGUGCAUUAAUUACAACAACAACCUCACAAACUACAACAUCCAUCACACCAGGGAUAACAACAUCAGAGAUCUUAAAACCAAACACAACUACAAUAACAAAUAUAUCACCAACAGUACCAGCAAGCACUAUAAACACUGUACCAACAACAAUGGAAACAGCAAGCACAAAUACAACCUUACACCCAACUCUGACAUUAACUGAAACACCUAUUACCACUGUAAUCUCCACACCAGCAACAGGCCCAACAUCACCCAGUAUAUCUUUCCAUUCCACAGCAGCACCUUUACCAACACUGCUCAGUACCACUGUACGUCCCACAACCACACCUGGCACAGGCACACCACGUAUCACUGAAGGUCCUACAUUAACAACUAGCAAGACAAUAGCCAGUACCACUUUAGCUUCUAUAACUGUACCAUCAACAGCCAGUACCACUUCAGAUUCCACAGCAACUAGCCCAACAACAGCGAGUACCACAUUAGAUACCAACACAAAAACUAGUCCUAAAACAGACAGCACCAAUGUAAUACCCAUAACAACUUCACUGACAACAAAGAGUUCCAGUAUUGCUCCCACAACAUCUAUUCAAUCAGCAGGUAUCAUUACUUUAACUUCCAAAACACCAGACUCAACAACAGCCAGCACCACUGUAGCAUCCACAACAACUAGUCCAACAGCAACCAGUACAACUGGAAUUUCUAUCACAGCUAGCCCAGCAGCAACCAGUACAACUGGAACUUCUACCACAGCUAACCCAACAGAAACUGGCACAAAUGGAACUUCUAUGACAACUAGCCCAACAGCAACCAGUACAAAUGGAACGUCUACCACAGCUAACCCAACAGCAACCAGUACAACUGAAACUUCUACAACAACUAGCCCAACAGCAACCAGUACAACUGGAACUUCUAGAACAACUAGCCCAACAGCAACCAGUACAACGGGAACUUCUACCACAGCUAGCCAAACAACAACCAGUACAACUGGAAUUUCUAUCACAGCUAGCCCAGCAGCAACCAGUACAACUGGAGCAUCUACCACAGCUAUCCAAACAGCAACCAGUACAAUGGGAACUUCUACAACAAUUAGCCCAACAGCAACCAGUACAAUGGGAACUUCUACAACAACUAGACCAACAGCAACCAGUACAACUGGAACUUUUACGGCAACUAGCCCAACAGAAACCACUACAACUGGAACUUCUACAACAAAUAGUCCAACAGCAACCAGUACAACGGGAACCUCUAUGACAAAUACCCCUACAGCAACCAAUACAAUGGGAACUUCUACAACAACUAGCCCAACAGCAACAAGUACAACAGGAACCUCUACAACAACUAGCCCAACAGCAACCAGUACAAUGGGAAAUUCUCCAACAAAUAGCCCAACAGCAACCAGUACAAUUGGAACUUCUACCACAACUAGCCCAACAGCAAAAAGUACAACUGGAACUUCUACAACAACUAGCCCAACAGCAACAAGUACAACAGGAACCUCUACAACAAUUAGACCAACAGCAACCAUUGCAACGGGAAAUUCUACAACAAAUAACCCAACAGCAACCAGUACAAUGGGAACUUCUACAACAAAUAGUUCAACAGCAACCAGUACAGAAGGAACUUCUACCACAACUAGACUAACAGCAACCAGUACCACUGGAACCUUUACUUCAACUAGCCCAACAGCAUCCAAUACAACUCUGACUUCUACAACAAUUAGCCCAACAGCAACCAGUACAACAGGAACUUCUACCACAACUAGCCCAACAGCAACCAGUACAAGUGGAACCUCUACAACAACUAGCUCAAACGCAACCGGUACAACUGGAACUUCUACAACAACAAGCCCAACAGCAACCAGUACAACUGGAACUUCUAUAACAAAUAGCCCAACAGCAACCAGUACAACAGGAACUUAUACCACAACUAGCCUAACAGCAACCAGUACAACUAGAACUUCUACACCAAAUAGCCCAACAGCAACCAGUACAACAGGAACGUCUACCACAACUAGUCCAACAUCCACCAGUACAAUUGGAACUUCUACAACAAAUAGCCCAACAGCUAUCAGUACAACGGGAACUUCUACAAAAACUAGCCCAACAGCAAGUGGUACAACUGGAACUUCUACCAGAGCUGUCCCAACAGCAACCAGUACAACUGGAACGUUUUCCACAGCUAGCCCAAUAGCAACCAGUACAACUAGAUUGUCUACAACAACUAGCCCAACAGCAACCAGUACAACAGGAAUGUCUACAACAACUAGCCCAACAGCAACCAGUACAAUGGGAAAUUCUACAACAAAAAGCUCAACAGCAACCAGUACAAUUGGAACUUCUACCGCAACUAGCCCAACAGCAAAAAGUACAACUGGAACUUCUACAACACCUAGCCCAACAGCAACAAGUACAACAGGAACCUCUACAACAACUAGUCAAACAGCAACCAUUGCAACGGGAAAUUCUACAACAAAUAACCCAACAGCAACCAGUACAAUGGGAACUUCUACAACAAAUAACCCAACAGCAACCAGUACAAUGGGAAUCUAUACAACAACGAGCCCAACAGCAACCAGUACAACAGGAACUUAUACCACAACUAGCCCAACAGCAACCAGUACAACUGGAACUUCUACAACAACUAGCCCAACUGCAACCAGUACAACAGGAACAUUUACAACAACUGGCCCAACAGCAACCAGCACAACGGGAACUUCUACCACAACUAGCCCAACAGCAACCAGUACAACUGGAAUUUCUACCACAGCUAACACAACAGCAACCAGCACAAUGGGAACUUCUACAACAAAUAGCCCAAUAGCAACCAGUACAACAGGAACUUCUACAACAAAUAGUUCAACAGCAACCAGUACAGAAGGAACUUCUACCACAACUAGCCUAACAGCAACCAGUACCACUGGAACUUUUACUUCAAAUAGCCCAACAGCAUCCAAUACAACUCUGACUUCUACAACAAUUAGCCCAAUAGCAACCAGUACAACAGGAACUUCUACCACAACUAGCCCAACAGCAACCAGUACAAGUGUACCUUCUACAAUAACGAGUCCAACAGCAACCAGUACAACUGGAACCUCUACAACAACUAGCUCAACCUCAACCGGUGCAACUGGAACUUCUACAACAACAAGCCCAACAGCAACCAGUACAACUGGAACUUCUAUAACAAAUAGCCCAACAGCAACCAGUACAACAGGAACUUAUACCACAACUAGCCUAACAGCAACCAGUACAACUGGAACUUCUACACCAAAUAGCCCAACAGCAACCAGUACAACAGGAACGUCUACCACAACUAGUCCAACAGCCACCAGUACAAUUGGAACUUCUACAACAAAUAGCCCAACAGCAACCAGUACAACGGGAACGUUUUCCACAGCUAGCCCAACAGCAACCAGUACAACUAUAUUGUCUACAACAACUAGCCCAACAGCAACCAGUACAACGGGAACUUCUUCCACAGCUAGCCCAACAGCAACCAGUACAACUGGAUUGUCUACCACAACUAACCCAACAUCAACCAGUACAACUGGAAUGUCUACAACAAACAGCCCAACAGCAACCAGUACAACGGGAACUUCUUCCACAGCUAGCCCAACAGCAACCAGUACAACUGGAUUGUCUACAACAGCUAGCCCAACAGCAACCAGUACAACUAGCUUGUCUACAACAACUAGCCCAACAGCAACUAGUACAACAGGAACCUCUACAACAAACAGCCCAACAGCAACCAGUACAACGGGAACUUCUUCCACAGCUAGACCAACAGCAACCAGUACAACUGGAUUGUCUACAACAACUAGCCCAACAGCAACCAGUACAACUGGAAUGUCUACAACAACUAGUCUAACAGCAACCAGUACAACUGGAACUUCAUCAACUAUUAGCCCAACAGCAACCAGUACAACGGGAAUGUCUUCAACAAACAGCCCAACAGCAACCAGUACACCGGGAACUUCUACAACAAAUAACCCAACAGGAACUUCUACCACAACUAACCCAACAGCAACCAGUACAACUGGAAUGUCUACAACAAACAGCCCAACAGCAACCAGUACAAUGGGAACUUCUUCCACAGCUAGCCAAACAGCAACCAGUACAACUGGAUUGUCUACCACAACUAACCCAACAGGAACCAGUACAACUGGAAUUUCUACAACAACUAGCCCAACAGCAACCAGUACAACUAUAACUUCUACCACAACUAACCCAACAGCGACCAGUACAACUGGAAUUUCUACAACAACUAACCCAACAGCAACCUUUACAAAUGGAACUUCUACAACAACUAGCCUAACAGCAACCAGUACAACUGGAACUUCUACCACAGCUAGCCAAACAGUAACCAGUACAAUGGGAAAUUCUACAACAAAUAGCCCAACAGCAACCAGUACAACUGGAAUUUCUACAACAACUAACCCAACAGCAACCGGUACAAAUGGAACUUCUACAACAACUAGCCUAACAGCAACCAGUACAAUGGGAACUUCUACCACAGCUAACCCAACAGCAACCAGUACAACUGGAACUUCUACCACAGGUAGCCAAACAGCAACCAGUACAACUGGAACUUCUACCACAACUAGCCCAACAGCAACCAGUACAACUGGAACUUCUACAACAACUAACCCAACAGCAACCAGUACAAUGGGAACCUCUACAACAAACAGCCCAACAGCAACCAAUACAAUGGGAACUUCUACCACAGCUAGCCCAACAGCAACCAGUACAACUGGAAUAUCUACAACAAAUAGCCCAACAGCAACCAGUACAAUGGGAACUUCUACCACAACUAGCCCAACUGCAACCAGUAUAACUGGAACUUCUACCACAACUAACCCAACAGCGACCAGUACAACUGGAAUUUCUACAACAACUAACCCAACAGCAACCUUUACAAAUGGAACCUCUACAACAACUAGCCUAACAGCAACCAGUACAACUGGAACUUCUACCACAGCUAGCCAAACAGUAACCAGUACAAUGGGAAAUUCUACAACAAAUAGCCCAACAGCAACCGGUACAAAUGGAACUUCUACAACAACUAGCCUAACAGCAACCAGUACAAUGGGAACUUCUACCACAGCUAACUCAACAGCAACCAGUACAACUGGAACUUCUACCACAGGUAGCCAAACAGCAACCGGUACAACUGGAACUUCUACCACAACUAGCCCAACAGCAACCAGUACAACUGGAACUUCUACCACAACUAGCCCAACAGCAACCAGUACAACUGGAACUUCUACAACAAAUAACCCAACAGCAACCAGUACAAUGGGAACCUCUACAACAAACAGCCCAACAGCAACCAAUACAAUGGGAACUUCUACCACAGCUAGCCCAACAGCAACCAGUACAACUGGAAUAUCUACAACAAAUAGCCCAACAGCAACCAGUACAAUGGGAACUUCUAUCACAACCAGCCCAACAGCAACCAGUAUAACUGGAACUUCUACCACAACUAACCCAACAGCGACCAGUACAACUGGAAUUUCUACAACAACUAACCCAACAGCAACCUUUACAAAUGGAACCUCUACAAAAACUAGCCUAACAGCAACCAGUACAACUGGAACUUCUACUACAGCUAGCCAAACAGUAACCAGUACAAUGGGAAAUUCUACAACAAAUAGCCCAACAGCAACCAGUACAACUGGAAUUUCUACAACAACUAACCCAACAGCAACCGGUACAAAUGGAACUUCUACAACAACUAGCCUAACAGCAACCAGUACAAUGGGAACUUCUACCACAGCUAACUCAACAGCAACCAGUACAACUGGAACUUCUACCACAGGUAGCCAAACAGCAACCAGUACAACUGGAACUUCUACCACAACUAGCCCAACAGCAACCAGUACAACUGGAACUUCUACAACAAAUAACCCAACAGCAACCAGUACAAUGGGAACCUCUACAACAAACAGCCCAACAGCAACCAAUACAAUGGGAACUUCUACCACAGCUAGCCCAACAGCAACCAGUACAACUGGAAUAUCUACAACAAAUAGCCCAACAGCAACCAGUACAAUGGGAACUUCUACCACAACUAGCCCAACAGCAACCAGUACAACUGGAAUUUCUACCACAACUAGCCCAAAAGUAACCAGUACAACUGGAACUUCUACAAAAACUAGCCCAACAGCAACCACUGAAAGCCCCACAACAAUAGCAGUGGCAACUGUCAGGAGCAGUGUAGUUUCAACAAUAAAUGGCUCAGUAGCAAACAUUUCCAUGGUAGAAAACACAACUGAAACUAGCAUGAGUGGAUUAAGAAUAAUUGAGACAAACCAUUUCCAAACCAAUAGCAGAAUGAAAGUAGUGGCUACAACAAUUGUAAUUGUUGACUCUGAAACAUGGACAACAUCGACGACAUCAAUCAGUACAGCUUCUGUAACUCCUACCCAGGAUGGGGGAACAUUGACUACUCAUCACUCGGGUACUACUUGCCCACCAUGUGUUUAUGAUGACUUUACUACAACCAAAGAUGCUCACAUCUCAACAAUACCUGAAGAAGGUAAU